AUGGAAAACUCCAACCCCAAUUCAGACGUCUCGUACCCAGUAGCACUACCCUCAGGACCCAGCGCACAGGCGGAUGCGGCAAUAGUUGACGACGCUCCAUCCAGCACUCCCACUCCAGUGGACGACGAGGCAGAGACCCCAAGGAGUCGCGAGCCCGGCAGCAUAUCCUCCAUGGGUUCCAACACCAAUAACCUGGGCCAGCAUUCGUCCACCCAGCUCGAGCUCCAGGAUGUACCAACCGCUUCACCUCCAUAUGCCGCUCCUUCGAUACCUGCAAAUAAAGAAAAAACAUUAUUUGAGGAUACUCGCGGACCUCUAUCAAUAGCACUGGCAAACAGCACCCUUGCUACAAACAAACAGUUGAUAUUUGAGAUCGACAAACGGCGGAAGAAGGACCGAAAAGAACAUCAGGAAGAGAGAGACCAGGACCGAGCAGAACAGAGGGAGGAAGAGCGCAAGCAACAGGAAGAGAGAGACAAGGACAGAGAGGAAAGAAACAGGGAUCAAGAAGAACAGAGGGAGAGAGAGCGCAAGCAACAGGAAGAGAGAGACAAGGAUAGAGAAGAGCGGAGAGAGGAGUACAGACAAUUCUUUGCUUACAUGGAUAGCAAAACUACGGCCAUCCUAGGACAGGUCGACCAGAGGAUUGCUGAACAAGCCCAGGAAAUUAAAGAUAUAAUCACCAAUGAUCUCAACAUCCGAAUGGAUAAGAUGUCCCUAAAUAUGGAGAGCAAACUUGCCGACUUGAACACAAACUUGUAUUUUAUUAUUAAAGUAUGA